AUGGCUGAUGACAUCCUCAGGGUAAAGAGGAAGCAGUUCAUCCGUUCAGUGGGUGAAGUGACAAUAAAUGGCUUGCUGGAUGAGCUUUUGGAGAAGAAAGUGCUGAACCAGGAAGAGAUGGAGAGAAUAAAACUGGAAAAUGACACUAUUAUGGACAAGGCACGGGACCUGUGUGAUUCUGUCAUUCGGAAAGGGCCCAAGGCAUGUCAAAUCUUUAUUAAUUAUAUUUGUAAAGAAGACGUCUACCUGGCAAGAAAUAUGGGACUUUCUUAA